AUGUCACCAUCAAGAAGUGCAUCCCGCAGCCUCAGUCGUCCCAGCCUUCACAGCCGUCAGGCAUCCCGGUCGACGGAACACAGCAGCAUGAGUGAGAGAAAAGCCUCGUUCGGCUGUGCCGAUUACCGAUCAGCCACUCUCGAACCAAACAACAUCAUAGUCGAGGACCAACAAAUGGACGAUGAUCGAUGGAGCCGAUUAGCUUUCGCCCUUGGUAUGCCGUUUGGAGAGUCACUCCGUGCCAGCUCCGCUACCACCAAGUUUGCUCAGCAGAUCAGGUCACAAAGAUCCGUGACCAGUAGGGAAAUGGCGGAGAUGCUAGUUCCCUUACUGGCCUCAAUAGCAAUAGAUCACAACGCGCUCAAGUGCCGCACUGACGCCGCCUUUUGCCGGGACGCGGUACCCGAUGAAGUGCAUGAUGCCGAGAUUGAGGAUGGUUGGAAGAUGCAGCUCCCUACACCUAAGCCUGCCAUCACGUUAGGAUAUUCGAACAGUUCGUUCACAUGUCAGCAACUUGAACUGCAGCAGUACAUCAUCACAAACAACAAGAACGAGCCAUGUGACUUGCACCAGCUCUCACAGCCAGUACCCGAUAUCUACUGGCCCUUCUUCGUCGUGGAAGUCGAGGAACACUCGAUGCUAGCGGCACGGAAUGCUUGUGCUGGCUCGGCGGCAACAUGCAACAAUGCGCUCAUGAUUCUCGCCGCAGCCGCACAGGAGCCACAGAGGCAUUACCAGGACGCGGACUUCUUGUGGAAGCUGAGCAAGGCUGCUCAGUCAUUCUCGCUGGCCAUCAACGGCAAGACAGCCUGCCUCAACACCCACAAUUCUGAAGGUCACUUACCUCAUGGUGUGGCGACCAUCCGCUCCUAUAGACUCGAUGAUGAAAGGGAGGUCGAAGCACUGGCUGCGCGGAUCAGGAGUAUAUUUGUCUGGGCAGAGAAUUCCAGGCUCCGCUCAAUAUGUGAUUUGUUGAACACGUUUGACAGAAAAGUCCAGAUGGAGCGUAACCUGACCGUGGUGAUACCACCAGCUCGACCUGGUUCGACCGACUCCGCAAGGUCUGGCGGGCAGCGCAGGAGACGCAGAAGCAUCAUCAGAGCGGUCCUCACUGGACAGUCUUCCAGGAUGGGCGAAAGACUAUCAUGCCAGCGUCAGCGUUUUGAAUUGAGGUUCUUCGGGUCAGGCGUUCGAUAG